CUCUCGCGUUUCAAAAAAGCAUGCUGUUUUGUUGUGGUUCCAUGCAGGUUGGAUUCCGGAUUCGUGUGCACUUUUGAAACCGCCUCUUCCCCAACGCAUCACCACGAUGGCCAAACCGAAAAAGGACAAGCCGCAGCCGUCCAGCAAAAAGGAUAAGGAUGGGGAGGGCGGCGCGCCGUCGCAGAUCUGGACCGACCAGCGGUUCGCCCACCUGGUCAACGAUCCGCGCUUCAAGGGCAUCCCGCGCGCCGAGAAGAAGGUCAAGAUCGACAAGCGGUUCCAGUCGAUGUUCAGCGAUGGGCGGUUCAACGUGAAGCACGUCGUGGACAAGUACGGCCGGAAGGUGCAGCAAAAGUCGGAGAGCGAGGAGCUGCGGAAGUACUAUGAGCUGGGGUCGGGUUCUGAGGGGGAGGAGGAGGAUGGGGAGAAGGCUGAGAGUGAAGGUAGUGGGAGUGAGGUGGACUCGCUGGAGUUGAACGAGGAGGAGAAGGCGAUGACCGUGUCGGAUAAGGUGAAGGGAAGGUUGGAGGAUUUGGAGGUGGAUUAUGCCCGUGGGGAGGGUGCCAUUGCUUCGGAUAGUUCUUCGGACGAUGAUGAUGAGGAGGAGGGGGAGGAUGAGGAUGAGGUGUUUAUCGAGCACGUCUGGGGUGAGCUGGACGCGGAAGCGGAGCACACGGAAGAAUCGACCAAAAGGUUGGCGCUGUGCAACAUUGAUUGGGACCGCGUGCGGGCGGUGGACAUCAUGGUCAUGCUGAACUCGUUCCUCCCACGAGGAUCGACCAUCAUGAGCAUUACGAUCUACCCGUCGGAAUUCGGCAAGGAACGCAUGGCCGAGGAAGAAGCGCGCGGUCCGCAGGAGCUGACCGGUGCCAACUCGGACGCCGACUCCUCGGACGAAGACGACGACGAGGAAGCGAUAAAGGAAAAGCAAAUCGAACGCCUGCGCGAAUACCAACUGAACCGGCUCAAAUAUUACUACGCCGUAGUCGAGUGCGACACGGUGGCCACGGCGGACAAGCUGUACAAAGAGUGCGACGGCGUCGAGUACGAGAGCACGGCGAACAAGAUCGACCUGCGGUUCAUCCCGGACGACAUGGAGUUUGACGAAGCGGAGGUCAAGGAACGCUGCACGGAACUUCCGGAAGCCGGUCGGUACGAACCUCGGGUCUUCACCACGAGUGCCCUCAACCAGGCCAAGGUUGAGCUGACGUGGGACGAAAACGACGUCGAGCGGAAGGAGUUCAACGAGAAGAUCCGCGCCGGCAAGCUCGCCGAUCUGACGGACACCGACCUGAAGCGGUACAUCAAGUGCAGCAGCAGCGAGGACGAGGACGACGAGGAGGAGGACGGUUCCGGCGGGGAAGACUCGCAGGAAGAGUCCGACGAGGAACCGAAAAGCGGCAAGUUGAGCAAGCAGGACCGGAUCGCGCAGUACAAAGCCUUGCUGGGAGAGCUCAAAGAGCAGGAAGAGAAGGAAAAGGAGGACAAGGUUGAGAUGGAGUUCACCUGGAAGGUGAACGGCGAAGACGAGGAAAAGCAAGAUUCCGACGAAGGUUCGGAACGCGAGAAGAAGCGUCGUGACGAUGUGAAUCCGUUCGAGAAAAUUCUCGAAAAAGCAAAGGAAAAGAAAAAGCGUCGCAAGGAGUUGAAGAAGAAAAAGAAGCGCGGAGAGCUGAACAGCGACGGAGAAGCGCAGGACGAAAGUUCCGACGACGAUCUGCCGUACGGCGUGGACCUGAACGACCCCUUCUUCGCGAGUGCCUUCGACGAGAAGGAGUUUGACCUGAGCAAAUCCAGCAAAAAGGACAAGAAAAAGAAGAAAACAACCGAAGACGAACAAGACGAAGAGGAAGCUGCCCGCAAACGGGCCGAACUCGAACUCAUCCUGGACGACGGCGAAGACGACCGUAGCCACUUCAAUCUUAAAAGCAUCCAGGACACGGAAAUCGAUCUAAAGAGCGUGUCCAAAUCGAAGCGAAAGCGCAUCAUCAAAAAGACCCGCAAGCAAAUUGAGGAGCAACGCGUCCGGAACGAGGCGCUUGCAGCGGCAGCCGGGGACGAUUUCGAUAUUGAUCUGGGUGAUGACCGGUUCCGGGCGGUUUACGAGCGGCCCGAGUACAGCAUCGAUCCGACGAAUCCGUCUUUUAAGAAGACCAAGGGCAUGGAGCGGUUGAUUGAGGAGAAGCUGAAGAAGCGGCCGCUUAGUGAGGGAGAUGUUCCGGUGGAACCGAAGAAAGUUAAAAAGGAUGUUAGUACCACGCUGUUGGUGAAGAGUAUAAAGAGGAAGAUCGGGAAGUGAUGUGGGAGGAGAAGGUGUUCGUUUAAUAAAAGUUAAAUCAGUAAA